UAUUAGAAAAAAAAAAAAUAAUACGGGCCUAGCACGCACGUAUUUACAGGGCUCGGAGAAAAGACUGAGAGCGUGAGACCUCAACUGACUGUAUAUAAGUUGUCGACCUCAACCUCUUUCUUCACCUUUACAAGCGAGUACUCAUUGCUGGUGCAACUCUUUAAUCGAAUCUUUAAGGUAAAAACAUGGGGAAGGAUGCAAAAUCGAAGGAGUCAGGAAAGGGAAAGGGGAAACAAGCCGCGGGAGGGAGUGAUGAGAAUGCUUCAAAGGGUAAAGGGAAGGGUGGGAAGAGCGCAGAUGGGCUUGGCACCUGCACUUAUGUUAAAGCAAGACAUAUCUUAUGUGAGAAACAAGGAAAGAUCAAUGAAGCUUACAAGAAGCUCCAAGAUGGCUGGCUUAACAAUGGAGAUAAGGUCCCGCCUGCGGAGUUUGCAAAGGUAGCUCAAGAAUAUUCAGAAUGUCCAUCAGGAAAAAAGGGUGGAGAUCUUGGGUGGUUCCCACGAGGUAAGAUGGCAGGGCCUUUUCAGGAAGUCGCCUUCAACACUCCAGUUGGAGUUACAAGUGCGCCGUUCAAAUCCACCCAUGGAUACCACAUUAUCUUGUCUGAAGGAAGGAAGAACUAAUAAUAUGUUAUGAUUAAACUGAAUCUGCAGUGGUCUUAAUACUAUGAUCCUGUGUAUUUAUUGAUGUGCUUCAUUUUAAGGUAAUUCAUGUUUUGCAAGACAAAGGAUUAUGUAUUCGGUAUGAUUUACCUUUAUGAUUGGAGUUUUUCUGCCUUGGGAA